AUGGUAUCCGAUAAAGCGUCUAUGUUUGUUUACGGAAGUAACAUUCUGUCAAUUUUGAAAUAUACGCAAACUGUCCUAUUGAUUUAUUGAAAGAAAAGGGAAAUUGUGAUAUUUUGAUUGAAAAUGGAUUUCAGUGACUGGUCUAUGGGAAAUGCUGAUAUAAUCCAAACGAUCGCUGCAUUACAAUGGAUCCACGGCGACUCGGCAAUGAGUGAGAAAGUUGCCAUGUUCAGACUUGGAUAUGAGAUUUACCAGCGGAUGAGUGGUGAAAGAGAGGUGGAUGCCCUUAGAGCACAAACAAUAGCUGCCAUUGCAAAAUAUGUAAAAGACCACCCAAAAGCAAAAAGAGAGGAUCUUCAAAAAGAAAUUGCAAAACAUAUUUUUGCUUUUGCUCACAAAGUGGAUAGAAUUUGAAUAGAAAAAAUUGGAUAGAAUAUCGACCAAUAGUUUAAAGGUGUUCAAUCUAAAUUAGAACAAAAGAUACAAAGAAUAGGUUAUUUAUUGCCAUACUAACUGUUAUUCACUUUACGAAAUGGACAAAAUCACUUGAAACAAUUUAGAAAGUUUGUUUUCCCUUCCAGCAUGCCUAUGUAUAAUAAUUGUUAAUCAUUAUUAUAUUAAUUUGAUGAAUAUUCACAAUUUCAAAAUAAAUAGUUUCUGUAAAAUUUUAAAUCAUGCUCUAUAAGUAAAAAUUAAAAUGGUAAUAUAAAUGUAUUGCAAUGGAUUUGCAGAGUAUUAUUUCAAAAAAUAUAUAUAUAUAUAUAUAUAUAUAUAUAUAUAUAUAUACAAUGUAUACAUAUAUUAUUGCAUAUGAUUAUCAUAAUAAUUUAUUGAUUACCUCCCUUUGUGUAUGGUACAACGAAAUUACACCAAACUCAGAAAAGUUAUUUAUGAAUUUAGACUAUUUUGAAACAUUGCCAAACAAUAUUUGGUAUCAAAAUUGUAUUUUCAACAGAUGGAAUUUAUAGAACAGUGUGAUAGAACAGUGUGAAAAAGUAUUUUCAUUUGAAUGGUUUUUACUAUAAUUUUUGUUUAAGCAUCAAUAAUUGUUUGUAAAAAAUCAUAUAGUUUUAGCACAAUAUGGUUAAGUUUUAUGCAAUUUGAUUUUGCUAGAUAAUAUACAAUGUCAUGUCACUGGUGCACAAAAGUUGUUUUUUAAAAGAAUUAUCCAAAUACAAAACAUAUUUUUUCUAAAUUUAUAUGCUUGAUUUUAUCACCACUUUCAAUCAUUAACCUAUUUUGUAAAAAUAUGUAUUAAAUACAAGUAAUAUUGAAAUUGAAUUUAUUAUUUCUUACAGUAUAUAUUUUUAUACAUGACUUUUUCUUGUUGUGUUUAUGCCGGCCAUAUAUCCCCUGUCUUGAAUUAUGUAUUAUCAAAUUCAUGUAACCUUCUAAACAUAGUGAAAGUUAUCAGGAACAGAAAAACAGAUAGUUACCUAGUCUUAUGUAUUUUUAUUGUUGUUACAAUAUUUAAAUCACAUUUAUUAAUUAAAAUAAAAAAAUGAA